AUGAACAAACGAAAGGCUCUGGAGGAGUUAGCGGAUAAGGAGGGCGAAGCCAGCAUUACUAAACCGGAGUCCUGGGGCGGCUAUCUGCUAUCACCGGACUAUUUUGAAUUUUGGCAAGGUCAAAGUGAUCGGCUGCAUGAUCGACUUGAAUUCAAGAAAAAUGGCGAAGAAUGGACGAUGCGGAGACUUUCACCUUAA